AAAGAGAAAAGGGAAAGUAAAAGAUGGCUGGUUAUAGAGCAGAGGACGACUAUGACUACCUAUUCAAGGUGGUUUUGAUCGGCGAUUCCGGCGUGGGAAAGUCCAAUUUGCUCUCCAGGUUCACCAGGAACGAGUUCAGCUUGGAAUCCAAGUCCACCAUUGGCGUUGAGUUCGCAACUCGGAGCUUAACCGUCGAUGGAAAAGUCAUCAAAGCUCAGAUUUGGGACACUGCUGGUCAAGAAAGGUAUCGUGCCAUAACAAGUGCCUAUUACCGAGGAGCUGUUGGUGCACUUCUUGUGUACGAUGUUACCCGACACUCCACGUUCGAGAACGUUGAGAGGUGGUUAAGAGAGUUAAGGGAUCACACAGAUCCCAACAUUGUAGUCAUGCUCAUCGGUAACAAAUCUGAUCUCCGUCACCUUGUGGCUGUCUCAACCGAGGACGGGAAGUCUUUUGCCGAGAGAGAGUCCCUCUACUUCAUGGAAACCUCCGCUCUUGAAGCUACAAAUGUAGAAAAUGCAUUUGCCGAAGUUCUUACACAAAUCUACCAUAUCGUGAGCAAAAAAGCCAUGGAAGCAGGCGAAGAAGGGGCUAACUCGGCUGUUCUCACCAAAGGUGAGAAAAUCGAUGUCGGUAUAGAUGUCUCCGCGAUGAAGAAAGGGGGUUGCUGUUCAAGCUAGAUUGUAGUUAAUCUGAAGAAGUCUGAUUGUUUACCGAUGUGGCUUGGGAUUGUAUGCUGCAUCAGUUUCGUUGUAAACCUUGGUUUCGAAGAAUCAUCUUGAAAGAGCGCCAAAGUGUGGGAGUUCUGGCAAAGAUCGAUUCGGGUUUCGGAAUUUUGCAGGGUAUUAUAGUAUUGCAUUUGAAAUAGGUGAAUUGGGGUGGUUCUCCAAUUCAUUUUUACAGAAGAAUUACAAUUGGGAUGCCAAUGAUGUUCUGUAUUAUUAGUGUAGGAAUUGCUUACAUUUUGCUGCAUGUUACAAAGGAUAAUGGUGUUAACAAUACUGCAGGCAAUGAACUAUACAUUUGCAGUA